AAACAGUUAUUCAUCGGCCGGCGAGCUACUGGACGGAACAACGGCACAGCUCAUCAGCUGCUGAUCUUUUGUUAUCACAAGAAGCCAGACGGAGGAUAACGGUACUCGUAGUACGCACUAUUGUUUUCAUAACAAAUUUGGAGUAGAAUGGCCACCAAAAAGAUGUCAUUCACAAAGGAGAUGCGUGUGGUCACGCGCGAUAUUCAUAACGUUAGCGAUGCGCUGGUGAACGCAAAGCUGGCUUUCGCUCUUUAUGAUAGUGCAGUGUGGGCGGAAGGUCUGUUGAUCUUUUACGAAAUAUUCAAAUAUCUGGAGCAAAAUGUGUCGCACGAUUUCCUCCCGGAGGAAUACCAUCGGGCGCAUCAGUUCGAAGAGGAUUUGACUUUCUACUUGGGUGCCGAUUGGAAGACCGGGCAUCAACCUCGCAAGGAGGUUUGCGAUUAUAUCAAACAUCUCGAGGAGAUUCAAAGGGAAAAUCCUAAUUUGCUGGUAGCUUAUGUUUACCAUCUGUAUAUGGGACUUUUGUCUGGUGGGCAGAUUCUUCAAAAAAGGAGAAACCUAUCUAGGAAAUUCAAUCCUUUUGCCAAUAAAAACGGCAAACAAGGAGCUGCGUUGACAACAUUCGAAGAGCACAGUAUCUACGAGUUGAAGCAGAAGAUGAGAAAGACUAUUGAUGAUUUUGGGGAUCGGUUGGACGACGGUACCCGGAAACGUAUGAUGGAGGAAAGUCGGAAGGUAUUCGAAAUGAAUAAUGAAGUAAUCAAGACGGUCAAGGGAGUCAACCGAGCAAACUUGAAAACAUUAGCAUAUAUUUUGAUCUUGAUAUUUUUGUACUUUGUUUUGAAACUAACGGUUUUUAAUUAGCAUAGACGAUUUCAUUUUUCUCGGAGUGUGAUAAAACCAGAUAAAACUGUUUUAGUAUAAUUAGACUACAAACAAAAUUGUUUAGGUUAAUUUUCGAAUGUUCCUUUAACAUUCUAAAUUCAGUAUAUUUACAAAAAAGAAGAACAGUAGAA